AUGGCUCCGAAAAUUAUAGUUUUGUUGUCAAUACUUCUGUUGAAUUGCCAGCUAAUCUUCGGUCAAACUCUUUGGUGCGAUUACUUGAUAAGUCAUUCCAGUGGCUACACUUGUCAAUUAACAAUAAUAAAUCCUGAUGGGUUGAACAACUUCACUCAUAUCAAUGGCACUCACAUGGCUAAUAUGACAAACGAGGAUGUAGCAUCUAUUACUGUAAGUUCUAUGAAUUCUGGAUCGAAUUCACCAAACAUUCCAUCAAUCAUUUGCGAGAUCUUCCCAAAUACAACAAGCAGUACAUUAACAAGACUUGGGGUUAAGAGAAUUCACGACUAUUCCUAUAAGAGCUGCAAGCAUCUGACACACAUCCACGUUAACCACAACAACAUCACAGAAGUUGAUGAAAAUGCAUUCAUCGAAAAUACUGAACUUCAAUUUUUGGAACUUUGGUUUAAUGAGCUUCCAACACUACCUGAAAAUGUCUUCAGGAAUCAACAAAAGUUGAUUAGAUUACGGCUUGAUUUCAAUAGAAUCACAGAUCUGCCUGAUAACAUAUUCGUUCCUUUAAGGAAUCUGACAUUUUGGGGGAUGGAAAGUAAUCUGAUCAAGGACCUUAAAAUUAAAUGGUUUGAAAACUUUGAGAGACUAGAAACUUUGUGGCUGUUUUACAAUCGGAUAGAAGAACUUUCUACAAAUGUGUUUCAUCCAUUAAUUAAUUUAAAGUCACUAGGUUUAAGCUUUAAUAUGCUAUCAAACCUGACGACCGAGAUGUUUGAACAGUUUAUGAAUUUAGAGGAUCUGUGGCUGGAUAUAAAUGAACUUGAAGAUCUGCCAUUAAAUUUCUUCAACUCUAUGACCAAUUUAAAGGAACUAGACUUGGGAACCAAUAAACUAUCAAAUCUUCGUGCUGAAUGGUUCAAACCUUUGUCCAAUUUAGAAUAUUUGGGUUUAUAUGAAAAUGAAAUAUCGGAACUAUCUGCUGAAAUUUUCACACCGCUCCAAAAUUUGGAGUUUUUGACCCUUGAAGUGAAUGAUAUUGAAGAUCUUCCGAGCAACAUUUUCAGCUCAUUGAUCAACAUCGAGGUGAUUAGAUUGAAUGCAAAUAACCUUAAAAUCAUUCAUUCUGAUUCGUUUGGAGUUUUACCAAAUUUUGCAUACUUUACCGCUUCAAACAAUCAAAUUGAUGCAUUUGACGAAAAAUUAAUUGAUAAUUCUAGGAUAUCUGGAAUUGAUAUGAUGAAUAACAUAUGUGCAAACUUUGGAGUUUUUGAUUAUUCAGAUUCUAGGCAAUUAAUAAGAAAUGGUUUGCAAAAAUGCUUCGAAAAUUAUGAAAAUUUGAAUCCUGGUUGUGUCGGUGGAAAUUGGGACGAACGAGUCUGCUUAAUUGAAGACAAAAAUCAAGCUCAGCAAGAAAAGAUCGAACAUUUGCAAGCAGCUGUUGAAGAACUGCAGAAGCUAGUGCAAGAACUGAUCGAUCGUCCUUGUAGAAGCUAA